AUGCAAUCCGCUGCUACAAACCCAGAGAUGAUUCAUAUUGUCUGCAAGGCCGACAACAGCCAACACGCUGUGGUGAGUAUUCCGUCUGUAGACCAGAAGCUGCCUUCCUCAUCGCUCCGUGCGCGACCUGUCCUUCUAGCAUUGUCUUCCAACAACCUCAGUUACGCCCGUGGAGGAGACUUACUGCAUUGGUGGAAAACGUACCCAGUUCCACCUAACGCGCCGCCCCCAUACAACGACCAGUCUCUCUGGGGCAUUGUCCCGGCAUGGGGAUACGCCACCGUCACCGAGAGUAAUGUUCCUGGAAUCACGCCAGAUUCCCUCAUCUGGGGAUACUGGCCUACCUCGACGUCAUCCACUCUCCUUCGGUUGGAACGCACUGAUCUCAAAGGACACUGGGUGGAAGUUAGUAGCCACCGACAACAACUCAUGCCCAUAUACAAUCGCUACGAACAGGUACCCUCCAAUGAAGAAUCAGAAUUGGAUGAGAGGGCAUGGACUGCCCUCUUCCAAGGGAUGUGGCUCGCUGGGUACCUGCUGAGUGAGUAUGUGUUUCCUGACCCGGGAGCACGAGAACCAGUUCACCCGCUUGGCGCGGUGAGCAAGCUUCCGUGGUCCUCUGACGAUGCGGACCUCUCAUCUGCUGUUGUAGUGGUUUUGGGGGCGUCUACCAAGGUUGCGCGCUCAUUUACGUGGUGUCUCUUUGAUUGGCCUAGGGCAAGUGGUCCCCUGGGGUUGGCACAGGUUACUUCAUCGCCUGGUGUCUUACAGGAGGUGGCAGAUAGAGAGGGCUGGGCGGAUGUGUCAAAGGCAUUCGCAUAUACGGAAAUUGACCAAGCAACUGGGUGGAUUGAGAGUCUGCAGCCGACAAAGGUUGUCAUUAUAGAUUGCGGGGCGCGGGAGAAUGUCCUCAGUCAGAUAUGUCAGAAUCUUCAAGAGACGGCGCUCCGGCCAUACAAAACUGUCAUUCUGCACGUGGGCAGUCAACAGAAGGUGUACACAACGAAGGAAGUCCAGGAAGCACGGGCAGCUCUGCAAUCACUGGGAAAGAUCCAAUACAACACGUCUGGCAUCCAAGACACAAUCAUUGAACGGGAGGGGGCCGCAACAUAUUUCGGAAAGGUCUCGCGCAGGUGGAAGGGAUGGUUAGCAGACCGUGGCUCCGCCAUCCCAGACAUGUAUUUGGUCUGGGGACAGGGCAUCGAGGGAGAAAAUGGUAUCUACGGGGGCUGGGAGCGGCUUUCAAAAGGGGAAGUGCGCCCUGAAGAGGGAUUGGUUUAUGCCUUGUAG